AUGUUAUAUUCAGCUCCAUUGAGCAUUUUUAUUGUAUUGUGCGGUGAACUAAUCUACUGGGUUAAUUGUUCCAUAGAAAAAGUCAACGGUUCGGUUAAACAAGGACCAUCUUCAGUGCGAAUAGGAAUGGUUAUCAAUUCUGUUGAUGACAUAGAUUUCAAAAAAUCGAUCCUUAAAAUAUCGAUUACGCUUACAAUUAUUCUGCAAAAAUCAAGAAGAGCACCUGGAUCAUUAGUAGUUAAUCAUAAUCAGUAUCAAUAUCCGUUCAGUGAUAUACAAUUAUCAAGUAUUAGAACUGAAAGAAGAGAUCCAAAUCGAGUGAUAAAAACAUCAACUGAUGGUACAACAUCAUCGAUAUCGAAAUAUGGUCUCGAAAUUCAUUGUCCUUUUAAUUUCAAGCUUUAUCCGUUUGAAACACACAAUUGUGCAGUCUCAGUCUUCACAAGCAGAUUCUCUAUCGAACAAAUGACUCUUUCAUGGAUUGAUGCGAAAGAUAUACAACCCUCACAGAAUUACAUAUCAUCGGGCGCUAGGAUUUCUAUGAAUCGUGAUGAAAAUUGUGAUUUCGAUGAAAUCUAUAGCAAUGCUGAAUUGAACAUCAAGUCUGGGAAUCAUUUGGGUAAAGAUGCGUGGACAGAUGGAUCAGUAGCAGCAGCUCGUACUUUAUAUAAUAAAAAUUGCGAAAUGGAAAGAAACGCUGCUGGGAACUUCAUAGAAACAGGGCACUUUAAGGCGUAUUUAGGUAAUUUCAUUAUAAUAUGUCAUUUGAAUCAUUUGAAGUUGUUUAUAGCUACUAGGGAACUUCCAUCCACGAUAUAUAUUACAGCUUUGGAUGUGUGGACUGCAAUCUGCUUUUGUUUCCUUUUUUUCACCUUUGUUGAGAUGAUUGUUGUGUAUAUGUUGAUGAAAACUUCGCAAAAAUACUGGAGGUUAACAAACAAAAACGAUUCAAUCCGCAAGGAAAGCCAAUAUCGUCAAGAAAAGCUUGCAGCGAAAAGUUGUACACUUGAGAAAUCAGUUCCAUCUGCUUCAAAUGGACGAAACCGAGAAAAUAAGGUGAAAAGAUAA